AUGUAGACUUCAAUCUACAUUUAAUUGACAAUUAACUAAGAAUAUGGACUUGUGUACCAACAUCAAAAGAUCCAGUGCCUAAUUUGGACUUCCUAAAAUCCUUCUUUGAAUUUCGUAUUUUUUUAUAUUUUCACUGUGGCUUCUGGGGAAACUGUGUAUCACAAGUCAAACUGAGACGCCAUAUGGACCCUUGAAUUUUCUUGUGAAACAUGAACCGCAAUGGGUGGUGGCUAAUAAGCUAAUAUGAGCACUUACAAACCAGGUGGGAAUAUGAAUUUCUCUUCUAAGGUAGACAUCAUUAAGAGCUGUUAGUGAUUGUAAUUUGUAAGAGAAGAAAAAGACAAAUGUUGGCACUUGAUUGUUUUACAAUAGGGAGGGACUUUUUGCAAGUCAGCGGUUGAGAGUAAAGCUGGGAUAAGACAGUGAAGUGUGGUAGAAAUGGUACGGUUGAUAAUGGAAUUGAGGAUAUGUUCCAUUCUGAAUGUUCCUUCCACUUUGUACGUGGCUGUUAUAUCCUCCCUUGAUUAAAAGUCUUUUCCAGUUAAAAAGCGAAGCAAAGUAAAUUAUUCCUUUUUGAGUCCUAUAAAAAGGUGUCUUAGGCUUCUUGGUAUUUCACACCACAAAUUUAAGGAUAUACAGAGAUUUUCUUGGAAAAUUUUUGAAAUGUCUAGCAGUUCUUUUCAAAGCUCUGAACAAUAUGAACUGGAUUGCCAACAUCUUCAUAAUUAUUUAUCUGGCAAUGGUGCAAUCAACUACCAAAGGCUUGUGGAGAUGUUCGUAUACAGAAAUUCUCAUGAAUUUAAGUUCAUUUGCCAAACUUACAGUGCUCUUUAUGGCCAGAAUGUUCUUCAUGUCGUCUCAAAUAUUCAAAGGAAUAAUCCAUUUGCUAGGGCAGCUUAUCUUCGCAUGAUUGAACGACGAGAGCGUGAUGCUGAAAUAGUGAGGAACUCACUCUUUGGAAAUGGAAGCAGUGUGAAUCUUAACACACUCAUUGAGAUUGCAUGCAGCCGACCUUCUUCGGAGCUGCAGUGUAUUAAGCAGGCCUACCGUUCAAGAUACAAUUCUGAUCUUGAACAAGAUGUCACAACAAAAAUUAAUAGUGGAUUUAAAGAGAUUUUGAUGGCAGUUUUGAAGUCUUGUCGCAACUAUAGUGGGAAAGUGGACAUGAGCAUGGCCAUGUGUGAUGCCAAGACUCUGUAUGAAGCGGUUGAAAGUGGGAGAAGUGUUGACCAAAAAACCAUCAUUUCACUUUUAAGUCAACGAAAUUCUGGCCAAGUUAAAGCCAUUCUCCUCUCUUACAAACAGCUUUAUGGCAAUGAAUUCUCCAAAUCAAUGAAGCAAAGCAAGUGUGGGCAAUUUGGAAAAGAGCUUCGAAUUGUGAUCCGUUGCAUACAAAACCCUGAAAGGUUCUUUGCUAAGCAACUAAGAAUGAAGAAUGCUGAUGCUCGAGAGAUAUUGAUUCGAAUAGUUAUUACCAGGUCCGAGAUAGAUAUCAAAGACAUUAACAGGGCUUUUGCAACAAAAACAGGCAGUUCCCUUGAGAACCUUGUCAGAAGGGAAUUUAACAAUAAUAAAGACAAGACUAAUGACAUUGUAGCUGGAAUCUUGGUUGGACUAGUGAAUCGUAAUUGAAAAAAAGUAAAUGAAAAAA